AGAUUGAUGCGGUGAAAGCUGCCUCGGAGGUUGCGUCGACGCUUUAUAGCCGACGAAGAAGGCCGGCGCGAGAAGUCGAGGUGCGGCACGGAAAUCGGGAAUUCGCGUAAGCGCGCGCCGAGGUGGAGCCGGCCGCGAAGCUUCUCGCACCUGCCAGCACCCUGACGCUAGAGGUGCGCAAGGCCACCUUCCACUCCUCAUCACUUCCCACAUCUCCCGGGCCCGCUCACGACGUCUCGCUCUUCCCAACCACUUCCUGCGCUACCCACAGCUCCACCACACCGCAUAUACGCCCUUUGUCGCGCAUGCCGCCGCCCGCGCUCCUCGCCACCGGACGCGCCGCGGCGUCCAGCUCGCUGCGCCGUCGUCUCGCCGCCAGCGCUCCACGACUGGCGCUCUCGCUGCCUCGCGUCUCGCAUGCCUCAGCGCCCUCUCUCAGCCGCUCGCUCCAUGCCAGCAGCGCACGCCUGGCGCAGCAGCCGCCUGGUGGUGCCGGCGGCGGAGGCGGCGGAUUCAAUGGCUUCCGCAUGGGCGGACAGCAGGCGCCCAAGCCGGGCGAGACGCUCGCAAAGUACUCGAGCGACCUGACGGCUUUGGCGCGGGAGGGGAAGCUCGAUCCGGUCAUCGGCAGAGACGCGGAGAUUCGCCGCACGAUCCAGAUUCUGAGCCGCAGAACGAAGUCCAAUCCAGUGCUGCUUGGCGAAGCAGGCGUAGGCAAGACGGCCGUGGCCGAGGGGCUGGCACAGCGCAUCAUCAACCGCGAAGUGCCCGAGUCGCUGCAGGACAAGCGCGUCCUCUCCCUCGACCUUGCGGCGCUGCUCGCGGGCGCCAGCUUCCGCGGCGCCUUCGAGGAGCGCCUCAAGGAGCUGCUGGCCGACGUCGAGCACGAGCAGGGCAAAGUCGUGCUGUUUGUCGAUGAGCUGCACAUGCUGCUCGGCCUGGGUAAGGCAGAGGGCGCCAUGGACGCUGGCAAUACGCUCAAGCCAGCACUGGCACGCGGCACGCUGCAGCUGAUGGGCGCCACGACGUUCAACGAGUACCGCACGACAAUAGAAAAGGACGCCGCGCUGGCGCGCCGCUUCCAGCCCGUGCAGAUCUCCGAGCCGUCGGUAGAGGAGACGGUAUCCAUCCUGCGUGGCCUGCGCUCGCGCUACGAGGCGCAUCACGGUGUCUCUGUGGCGGACUCGGCGCUCGUGUCGGCCGCGACGCUGGCGCAUCGCUAUCUGAGCGAUCGCCGGCUGCCAGACGGCGCCAUCGACCUCGUAGACGAGGCCUCGAGCGCCUUGCGUCUGCAGCAAGAGUCGAAGCCUGAGGCCGUCGAGUCGCUGGAUCGUCGCAUCCAGUCCAUCGAGAUCGAGCUCGAGUCCCUGCGGCGCGAGACGGACAGCAUCUCGCGCGAGCGGCACGAGACGCUGACGCAGGAGCUGGAGAAGCUGCGCAGCCAGUCUGAGGGUCUGCUGUCGAAGUGGAACGACAUUCGCGGACGACUGGAGAACAUCAAGAACAUCAAGCAUGAGAUCGAGAUGGCGCGCAUUCAGCUCGAGCAGGCGCAGCGGACGGGCGACUUCCAGCGGGCUGCAGAACUGCAGUACGGCAAGAUUCCCAGCCUGCAGAGCCAGCUGCCGACCGAGGAGGAGGCAGCUGCCGCCAACGCCAAGGCCGAGGAGGAGGAGGGCCUGCUGGUGCCCGAGCGCGUCACGCAAGACGCCGUCGCGUCGGUGGUGGCACGCAUGACGGGCGUGCCUCUGCGCUCUCUGCUGCGCAGCGAGCGCGAGCGGCUGCUGCACGUCGAGGAUGUGCUGCGCAAGCGCAUCAUCGGGCAGGAUGAGGCGCUCAACGCCAUUGGAGACGCUGUGCGUCUCAGUCGCGCGGGCCUCUCCAAUGAGCGGCGACCAUUGGCCUCGUUCAUCUUCGCCGGCGCCACUGGCUGCGGCAAGUCGGAGACGUGCAAGGCGCUGGCCGAGUACCUCUUCGACGAUGCAAGUGUCGUGCAGAUCAACUGCUCCGAGCUUGGCGAGUCGCACUCGGCCAGCCGCCUCAUCGGCGCGCCGCCUGGUUACGUAGGCCACGAGGACGCCGGACAGCUGACGGAGGCGGUGCGCCGCCGGCCGUACUCCAUCGUGCUGUUCGACGAGAUCGAAAAGGCGUCGCGUCCGGUGCAGAUGCUGCUGCUGCAGAUCCUCGAGGAGGGUGCGCUGACCGACUCUCAAGGCCGCCGCGUCGACUUCCGCAACACCAUCGUCGUGCUGACCAGCAACCUCGGCGCCGGCGGUCUGUACGAGCCCGGCGCCGUCGACGAGUCCGGCAAAGUGACGGGCGCAGGUCGAGCGGGCGUCAUGUCGGCGAUCCAGGACGCCAUGCCGCCCGAGCUGCUCAAUCGCCUCGACGACAUUCUCAUCUUCAACCGCCUGCAGCGCGACUCGAUUCGCGGCAUCGUCGACAUCCGCCUGCGCGAGCUGGGCCAGCGCCUGGCGCCGCGCCGCAUCGUGCUGGAUGUGGACCAGAAGGCCAAGGACUGGCUCGCUGAGGCGGGCUUUGAUCCGGCAUACGGCGCUCGUCCACUUGCUCGCGCCAUCCAGCGCAAUCUCCUGAAUCCUCUCUCGCGCGCACUCAUCAAGGGCACUGUGCGCGACGGCGACAAGGUGCUCGUCACUGUGAAGGACGACCAGCUGCACAUCCCAGAGCUGCACGAGCCGCAGAGCAACGGCUCGCCUCCGGGCGUGGCGUCCGAGUCGAAUGUCGAGUGAUGCUCGCCUCUUCUCCACCUGCACCCGCUCUCUGGCGCCUUGACGUCUCGCAUCUAUACUCCCUCGCUUUCCCACCCUGCUUACUGCCUCGCUUCUGCCUCAACGUCACAUGUUAAUUCUCAUCAUAUCCCACCACUCAUCCAGCAUGCAAUCCAGCCGUGCACAUGUCGUG